CAUGGCACCUUCACCUCCAAACCCACCUUAGCCAGUUAUCUCAGAUGUUUCCAAGAGGUUAGACAACUUGGAAAAAAUGAUGGCCGAAAACCGAAAUGUCGAACCUCCAACUCAACCCAACUCUACCCUCAUCUCUACUCCCUUCAAUACUAACAUCAUCCAAGAACCAUACCCAGUUGCAUUUAAAAUGCCUCAGUUCGAGACCUAUGAUGGCACUAAGGACACUAAUGACCACUUGCACACAUUCUACUCUGUUAUAUUCAACGAUGCUGUAUUGGAAAUUGGCUCAUUUAAUCAAGCCGUUGGAUUAGCUGCCAUAAUUCAAGGUCUCCAGCAUGAAAGAUUUAGAGACAACCUGAUAAAGCAUCCUCCUGUCACGUUCGAUGAAGCCAAUGAAAGAUCUUGGAAGUUUAUACAGGCCGAGGAAUACGCCUUGUCCGACAAGCCCGCACCAAGUAAAGAGAUCAAGAACAAAAUGGAGCUUAGAGAGCCCUCACCUAUGCGGAGUUCACCUGCCUUUAGAGAUCACAACAGAUAUUGUGACUUCCACCAAGAUCAUGGACACACCACGAAGGAAUAUAAUAGUUUCAAGUUCGAACUCGAGGGUUUAGCUCGCAAAGGGAUGUUGAAUGAUUACAUCUCAAAUAAGGACCAGCUCAAGUUCGUUCGAGAGCAGGGACGACCUCAAGGAUCUCGAGAUGCAAGCAAUAAAAAUGGGUCUCACCUCUGCAUGAAAUUCUCCACCUUCAUGGGAGUAGCAACUCUAAAAGGCAACCAAGAGGUGGCCAAGCAUUGCUACAUGACUUCGCUUGCCCGACCUCGGAAGAAUAAGCAAGUAACCCUUCCAGAGUCAACUCAACUUGAAGUCCCAGCCACACAGGUUUGUAAGAAAGGUAGACUAUUUGAAUGGGUUGCUAAUCCUGUUUUAAUCAAGAAGUCGAAUGGCAAAUGGAGAAUGUGCAUUGAUUACACAAAUCUAAAUGAGGCUUGCUCGAAGGACUGCCAUCCUUUGCCAAGUAUAGAAGAGCUGGUGGAAGCUGCAUUCGAAAAUGAAAGGCUUAGUCUUUUAGAUGCUUACUCGAGAUAUCAUCAAGUCCACAUGGCACCUGAGGACGAGGUGAAGACCUCUUUUUAUGCAGGUGACGAGAUCUACUACUAUGUAAUGAUGCCAUUUAGGCUCAAGAACGUGGGGGCGACAUACCAGAAAAUGGUGACAAUUGUAUUCCGAGCUCAGAUCGACAGGAACCUAGAAGUCUACAUUGAUGCAAUAAUAGAAGGGAUAAAGGUCAAUCCUGAGAAGAUUAAGGCAAUAGAAGAGAUGAAGCCACUGAAGUCAGUUAAAGAUGUGCAACGCUUAACUGGGAGAGGCGAAGAAGGUGAGAUCCUUUACCUCUACCUCGGGAUAUCUGAUGCAGCAAUAAGCUCGGUCUUAGUUAGAGAAGUAAGGAAACAACAAAGGCCAGUGUACUAUACCAGCAAGGUGCUACAAGGAGCCGAGCUAAGGUACUCCAUUGCAGAAAAGGCAGCUUUGGCAGUUGCCACCACGGCAAGGAAGCUGAGGCCAUACUUCCAAGCCCACCCCAUUGUUAUACUAACCGAUCAACCUCUGAGACAGAUUUUGCAGAAGCUAGAGUGCUCCGGCAGACUUAUCAAGUGGCAAGUGGAGUCAAAGGUGAUGGAGGUCAGUAUUGAUCCCGAAACCCCCAGUUGGACUGAUCCCAUUAAAGCUUAUCUUCGGGAUGGGACUGUCCCCAACGACAAACCAGAAGAGAUGCAGUUGCGGAAGAAGGCAUCUCAGUGCACCUUGGUGGAUGGCGUCUUGUAUAAGAAGUCAUACUCACUUCAUCUUCUUCACUGUUUAACCCCUUACGAGAUCGAGUACACUCUUCGCAAGGUGCAUGAAGGUGUAUGUGGGAAUCACAUCGGAGCUCGGACCAUGGCCCACAAGGUACUUCGACAGGGAUACUACUGGCCUAUUAUGCAAGAAGAUGCCAAGAAGUAUGUCCAGAAAUGCCAGAAGUGCCAAUUCUUUGCACAUCUCACUCACCAACCAACGGAAGAACUCACUACUUUGGUUGCACCGUGGCCUUUCGCCCAAUGGGGGAUCGACCUUCUAGGUCCUUUUAUUAAGGGUACAAGGGGAGUAACACACCUAGUCAUAACAAUUGAUUGCUUCAUAAAGUGGGUGGAAGCUCGACCUCUUUCUAGUUUAACCUCAAGAAAGAUUGAAGACUUUGUUUUUAGCUCGAUUAUAUUUAGAUACGAAAUUCCAAAUCAAGUUGUUGCUGACAACGAACUUCAGUUCAACUGUACCUCUUUUAAAGACUUCUGUUCUAACUAUAGGAUAAAGUUAGUCUUCACUUCUGUCUAUCACCCUAAGGCAAACAAAAUGGUUGAGUCUAUCAAUAAAGCAAUCUUAAAGUGGAUUAAACCAAGGCUAGAUCAGGUCAAAGCGAAAUGGGUAGACAAGCUCAACAAUGUUCUCUAGGCUUACCAAACUAUGAGCCGAACAGCCAUAGGUACGCAACUUAACCAACUUCUUAUUCUCUUUUGAUCUGAGGCUAUUGCUAGUUAUAUGAAACAAACCCUAAAAUUACAA